AUGAAUCGACUCCAGAUUUUGAAGGGCAAGAUAUUCCAGGCCCCAAUGGCUGGUGCGACGAAUCCUGCGUUUGUGGCCAAGAGCAGCAAUCUGGGAUUUGUGGGCAAUCUCGGGUGUGGAUACAUGAUGCCGUCUAAGAUCAGUGAGGGCAUUGAGGAGAUCAAGAAGGAGACAAGCAAGCCGUUUGGAAUCAAUUUGUUUGUAACAAAGGGGGUUCCUGACUAUGAGUCGGUGGUUUCCUCGGACAAGAGCAUUUUGAAGGCCAUUGAGACAGUCUAUGCUUCUGCAGAUGUGUCUUUCAGUGCUCCUUCGUAUCCGUCCUGUGUUCCUCCUUUUGACAAGCAGCUCGAGGCAGUGUUGCAAAACCCGCCUCCCAUUGUCUCCUUUACUUUUGGAAUCAUCUCUGCGGAUCAGGUGGAGCAGUUGCAUGCCAAAAACAUUAUUGUUAUUGGCACAGCUACAAACAGAGAAGAGGCUGUUUCCUGGAAGCAGGCUGGGGCUGAUGCCGUUGUUCUGCAGGGCCGAGAGGCUGGUGGUCAUCGAGGAACGUGGAUUGGGCCUGAAAAAGAUAGUUUGUUCAAGCUGGACGAGUUGAUUGAGGCCACCAAGGACGUGGACAUUCCUAUUAUUCCUGCUGGAGGAGUUGCUACUAUUCAGAGAGCCAAAGUUCUUCAACAGAACCCCCGAGUGCUUGCGGUCACUGUAGGAACCGCCCUGCUCAUGUCCCACGAGUCUCCUCUCUGUGCGGCUCACAAGAAGCAUUUUGUUGAGCUGUCUCAGCCGUCUCAGGUCGCCAACACUUUCGCCUUCUCUGGCAAGAUGGCCAAGGGUGCCAGAAACGGCGUGUUUGACGAGCUGGAGAACAAGUACUAUCCUUAUCCGAUUCAGCAUUACUUGACAAGUGGUCUACGAGCUGAGGCUGCCAAGCAGCAGAAGACAGACUAUUUGGCAAUGUGGUGCGGAGAUGGAGUGGUUGAGAGAAGUGAGUUGAAAUCUCUGGAGGAGUUGGCCAAGGAGUUUGAAGUAGAGAAGUAG